CUCCAGUUCGUCCGCAAAACUCGAUCAGCUUAGAUCAUUUCAAAAUCAUCGCAGCCAAGAUGAAAUCCUGGUACCUGGCACUCAGCCUACUGCUCCUCGCCGCAUCCACAUUUCAGCCCUCCGAGGCUCGUGGCGGAAGGGGGCGUGGCGGCGGCUCAUUUGGCGGACUCUUCGGCGGUUGGCGCAAGUACAAGAAGCCCUCGUCGUCGGGCGGUGGGCGGCGGGUGCUGAGCGGGUCGCCAGUUCACACGGCAAUGACGGUGCCACAACCACCGCCGCCUCCGCCGGCACCACCAAAGAUGCCCAUGAUGCCGCCCAAGCAGCAGAUCCACAGCUAUCCGCGCCAGCAGACGCCACCUGGCUAUGGAUUUGGAUCGUUUCCGAGCCAAGGCGGCGGAACCUACUAUGCCAACGCUCAGGCCUUGCCAGCGGGAGCUGUGUACUACGCCCAACCGCCCGUCGGAAUGAAUCGGGGAAUGAGAACAGGGGAUUUCCUCACCGGAAUGCUGGCGGGCCACAUGAUGAACAACGUUCUGUUUGGCCACCGACACCAUACGUACCAUAGAAAUCCGGAGUUGGGCCAGUCGGCGCCCCAGGCAAAUGGUCGACAGAUCAUCAUCGUCAACAAUGGUCAGCGGGAGGGAGUUUUGCACAACGAAACCACUAUUUCGGGAGAAGCCUCCGCCGUAGUUCCUCCUGAAAAUCCCCUCACGGAGGAGGAGGAUGUGGAGGGGCAAGGCGAAGGUGAAGUAGAAAGCGAACCUGUUUCCAGUGAGGAAUUUACGGAUUUGGAGGCGACUCCUCGACCCUAUCCAGAUGGGGGCAUCAUUUGCUUUCCCGUCAUGCUAAACGAAACAGAUCCCGAAAACCCUGAGGUGACGCGCGAAGUGGAACGGGUCGCUUGCUUUCCAGCACCGCCCCACAGCCCGGAAAAUUUCCAACCUACCAUGACCACUGAGCAACCCAUCGUUGCCGGCGAUAUUAUUGGUGGAGCAGAUGAUGGUUCAGAAGGCGGUGCAGCUGAUGAGAUCAGCCAUGCAGGUACUCCCAUCGAUGUGGCUAAGUUGUAGCUGCAAGAGAUGAUUAUGUUUAACUAGUUUUAGAAUUCAAACUAAGUGAAAUAAAGCAACUAAGCAUUUGAACUCGU